UGCUCAUACAAGCUCCGCAACCGCAAAACAAAUAGAAGAAAUGUCGUGCUCUACAAUCUUGGCAUCCAUUAGAUCCCUUUUGAGUUCAGUUGUGCAUCCUUUCGUCCAUACAGACUUUCAUGAAGCUAUCUCACGGAUGACUUUCAUCGACUGUUUCCUCUUCUUCAUUGUGCAUUUUGUAGAUAAGUUGGGGAUAUGGCCUAAGUUACCGGUGUUCCUAGGUUUAUUUUACCUGGCAAUACGCCGGCAUCUUCAUCAAAAGUACAACUUGUUUAACGUCGGGAGAUCUCCGGUUGGUAUCCGGUUUAAUCCCGGCGAUUAUCCUUAUCGAACAGACGAUGGCAAAUAUAAUGAUCCCUUUAAUGAAGUAGCCGGCAGCGAAGGAAGCUUCUUUGGCAGGAACAUUCUCCCUGAUGAUGGUGGUGAUCGGAAACGAAAGCUAAUGAAACCAGACCCAAUGCUUGUGGCCACUAAACUCCUGGGACGAAAAGAAUUUGCAGACACAGGAAAACAAUUCAACAUGAUUGCUGCUUCCUGGAUUCAGUUUAUGAUUCAUGACUGGGUCGAUCACCUUGAAGAUACCGAGCAGAUUGAGCUGAUAGCUCCAGGAGCUGUUGCAAACCAAUGUCCUCUAAGUUCCUUCAAGUUCUACAAGACAAAGGAGUUCCCAACGGGUUCUUAUGAGAUCAAGAGUGGUAUGAGGAACAGAAGGACACCAUGGUGGGAUGGAAGUGUCAUAUAUGGGAGCAAUGCAGAAACGUUGCACAGGAUUAGGACUUACAAAGAUGGGAAGCUCAAGAUUGAACAGAAUGGCCUUCUUCCUCAUGACCAAGAUGGAAAUGCAAUUUCAGGAGACAUUAGAAACAAUUGGGCUGGUGUCUCCACUUUGCAGGCCCUCUUUGUCAAAGAGCAUAAUGCAGUUUGUGAUGCCCUCAAGAAGGAGUAUAGAGAUCUGGAUGAUGAAGAGUUGUACCGCUACGGAAGGCUAGUAACCUCUGCUGUGAUUGCAAAGAUUCAUACCAUUGAUUGGACGGUGGAGCUGCUCAAAACUGACACAAUGCUUGCGGGAAUGCGAGCAAACUGGUAUGGACUGCUGGGAAAGAAAUUCAAGGACACUUUUGGGCAUGUUGGAGGAGCAAUUUUGAGUGGCCUGGUUGGACAGAGGAAGCCGGAAAAUCAUGGUGUCCCUUAUUCAUUGACUGAGGAAUUUGUCAGUGUUUACCGGAUGCAUUCUCUCUUACCAGAUUACCUUCAACUCAGGGACAUUAAUGCUGCACCAGGACCCAACAAAUCCCCACCUUUGAAGGAGAAGAUGCCUAUGCCGAAUUUGAUAGGACACAAAGGAGAGAAGACUUUAUCAGAAAUUGGAUUCACCAAGCAGGUGGUCUCGAUGGGGCAUCAAGCUUGUGGUGCCCUGCAAUUAUGGAACUAUCCUUGGUGGCUCAGGGACCUUAUUCCACAAGAUGUUGAUGGUAAAGACAGGCCUGACCAUGUUGACUUAGCAGCUCUUGAAGUUUACAGGGACAGGGAGAGAAAAGUUGCUAGAUACAAUCAGUUCCGGAGGGCUUUGCUGCUAAUACCAAUCUCCAAAUGGGAAGAUCUAACAGAUGAUAAGCAAGCCAUUAAAACACUUUAUGAAGUGUAUGGAAACAAUGUGGAAGAGCUUGAUAUACUAGUUGGCCUCAUGGCAGAGAAGAAAAUCAAGGGAUUUGCCAUAAGUGAGACGGCAUUUAUCAUAUUCCUUCUCAUGGCAACGAGGAGGCUAGAGGCAGACAGGUUCUUUACAAAAGAUUUCAAUGAAGAGACAUACACAAAGAAGGGACUUGAAUGGGUGAACACAACAGAGAGCCUGAAAAAUGUGUUGGAUCGACACUACCCGGAAAUUACAAAGAAAUGGAUGAACUCUUCAAGUGCAUUUUCUGUCUGGGAUUCUCCUCCACAGCGUCAUAACCCCAUUCCUCUUUAUCUCCGGAUUCCCAGUUAAAGCUAUUUAGCAUUCUACAAUGUUAUUGAUGCAAAGAAGGAAGGAAAUAAGUGCAUCAAAAAGAAAAAAAAAAAAAAAAAGAGGAAGGAAAUAAAUGUAUUUAUUAAGAUUUUAUUAUGAUUAAAAAUAUAUAGGGAUUAAAUUAAAAUAUUUACUUGUAAUUUCUAAGUAUUUAUUAGGAUAUGUUAUUAUCUUUUAAUAAAAGUUUUAUUGAGAG